AUGGUAUUCUGGCAGAUGAAUGGGGUGCUCAGCUCCAUUAGGUGGGUUAUUAAGUGGCCGUUGAUUGAAAUAGCGGGUCCACCUUUAGGUGUGAAAAUCAUGCCAUCUUUCCAAGCUACGCGUAUUACUGUUGGGGAAGUUAACUUUGGUGCUACAAUUUCUGCAGGUCGUUGUUGCAAGGUGGAUCGUGCGAUUUCGCAGCAGUGGAAGAAAAGAAGCCUAGGGCCCUUGAGCAAAUCCUGUGCAAGUAUCCUAAGUUCUAUCAAUAGUGAAAAUCGCCGAUUGCUAUUUGUAAGGCAUCUUCUGGUUCUUGGCCGGCAUACAAAAUUCGUUAAGUGA